AUGAGCAGCAAGGUCGCGGCAGCCACCCCGGCCCCCUCGCCGCCCGCCUCCCUGGCCCACUCAUGCCCCACGCUGGGCGAAGCCCACUUGCCGGAGGAGCAGGAGGCCGUGACCACCUUCUGCAUGCUGAUCCCCAAGAUUCCCCAGUGGAAGUUCUCCAGCGCCUCCGGCUUCCUGAGCCGCAGCCCUUCCAGCGCCAGCAAGGACCUGUCAUCCCCGGCUAAAUCCGGGGGCCCCGGAGAGGCAGAAGGUUCCUCCUCCGGCCUGGCUGCUGUCCUGAGCGCCUGUGAGCCUGUCUGCCACUCUCCUUGUUCUCUGCAGGUGAUGAACCGGUUCCGAGGAGGGGGAGGGAGGAAGGCGGCUCGGGUCGAGGGGGUCAAACUGGCCGGAGAGGAAUGGAACCGGAAAGGUAGCUUCAUCAAUAAACCGGCGCAGGGCUGGCUCCAUCCGGACGAACGGGUCCUGGGACCAGGGAUCUCCUACAUCGUCAGGUACAUGGGCUGCAUUGAAGUGCUGCGCUCCAUGAGAUCUCUUGACUUUAACACCCGGACGCAGGUUACCAGGGAAGCCAUCAACAGACUGUACGAGGCCGUGCCUGGGGUGAAAGGGGCCUGGAAGAAGAAGGCACCCAACAAAGCCCUCUUCUCCAUCCUGGGCAAGAACAACCUGCGCUUUGCUGGCAUGAGCAUCACUGUCAACAUCUCCAUCGACGGGCUCAACCUCAUGAUCCCCACCACCCGGCAGAUCAUUGCUAACCACCACAUGCAGUCCAUCUCCUUCGCCUCGGGGGGCGACACGGACAUGACAGACUACGUAGCCUAUGUCGCAAAGGAUCCCAUUAACCAAAGAGCCUGCCACAUCCUGGAGUGCUGUGAUGGGCUGGCUCAGAGCAUCAUCAACACGGUGGGACAGGCCUUCGAGCUGCGCUUCAAGCAGUAUCUGCACAGCCCCCCCAAGGUGGUGGUGCCACCGGACAGGGUAAUGGGGACCGAGGAAUCCGCGUGGGGCGACGAAGAGGAGACGGCUGAACACGAUUAUUACAACAGCAUCCCGGGGAAGGAGCCUCCUCUAGGGGGACUCAUCGACUCUCGGCUCAGGCACAGGAUGUUGCUGGGCCACGUGCACUCCCAGCCCUCCUGCGCCGGUCAUUUCAGCCAGGUUGGAUUUCCUGCCAGAAGAGACCAGAACAGCCACCCGGGCUCCCACUGGGACGGCGACGCUUCCGGCCAGUCCUGCGACGGCUACCUCCAGGCAGACAGCCAGCCCCUCGGAUGCCGUGACUACGAGGAGCACAUGUACGUCAACACGCAGUGCCUGGAUGGCUGGGAGCACGAGGCAAGCCCCCCCAAGGAUCUCUUUGACAUGAGGCCCUUCGAAGAUGCCCUAAAGCUGCACAAGUCCACGGUGGCUGGUGGGGCCAGCCCGCCCCUUGAGGACCAGUGGCCUAGCCCGCCUACCCGGAAGGCUCCCAUCGCCCCCACAGAAGAGCAGCUGAAGCGGGAGCCCUGGUACCACGGGAAGAUGAGCCGGCGAGACGCCGAGAAGCUACUGCAGAUGGACGGGGACUUCCUGGUGAGGGACAGCAUCACCAACCCCGGGCAGUACGUCCUGACAGGCAUGAACAGCGGGCAGCCCAAGCACCUACUGCUGGUGGAUCCCGAGGGCGUGGUGAGGACCAAGGACGUCCUGUUCGAGAGCAUCAGCCACCUGAUCAACUACCACCUGCAGAACGAGCAGCCCAUUGUGGCAGCGGAAAGUGAGCUGCACCUGAGGCAGGUGGUGAAGAGGAAGCAGUGAUGGCUGGCCUGAGAUGGAGGCGAUGUAUUUAUUCUACACGUGCCGAUAAAACUCCGACUGGGACGUUAGCACGGCUCUCCCCACCAUCCCCACCAAGGAGCCCGGAGGACACAAAGGGAGCUCAGCUCUUUGCCGCGUACGUCCGACCAGGAGCACACAAAGAACAGAUCAAACCUACCCCCGACUUCUUAGACUAGUAGUUAAUUAAAGCAAAUGAAUUGUGAGCAGGGAGCCGUGCUCGGGAGUUGCUUGUAACCCCGCCUGGGCGCGGACUGUGGUCUACUGCCUAAGCGAGGCGCUGGGUGCCAGGACACCUGAGCUCUUUGCCACCACCUCUGCUGCUGACUGGCUGGGUGACCUUGGGCAAGUUGCUUCGCCGCUCUGUGCCUCAGUUUCCCCAUCUGUAAAAUGGGGAGGAUGCUACUGACCUACCUACCUCGCAGGGGGUGCUGCGGGGAGGAGUUAGCUAUAGCUGGUGUGGCCUUCUGAGUGCUAAAUAGCAUCCAGCUCAGCGGUUAGGUUUAGUCGCUGCUAGAGACCAUCAUAGGGGUAGGGAACCCCCUUUGGAGGUAUAAUUGGGUGUGUCGGGAGAUGUCAGAAGCACAAGGCCCCAUUCCCAUCUGCAAGGAGAAUAGGAGCCUCUUCCCCAUCUCGCAAAACCUCCCAAGCCAACCCAUUAUAGUAACAGCUGCUUAGACUCCACUUUGCAGCCAUGAGGGGACAAUCUUGUAAUUACGUUAUCUGGCUGAGAUGGCCCAUCAUUAGGGAAACAACAUCAGAUCUUAUCAGCACUCUGCUUAUUGAAUCAGGACCGGAAGACAGAGGUUUGGACCUGGGAAGAGAGGACAAAGAGCGACACAAGUGAGGGUUUGGCCGUCCCACUGCUGGGACGAAUCUCUCCUCCUGCACAGCUACCCAGGGGGUGACUUGGUGUCCACUUGGCUUCUGCCAUGCUUCAGAGCCUCAGCCAGGCUCCUAGUACCUAGCCCGGGUCAUGGGACUGCCCCUCCGCUCUGGCUGGGGUAGCCAGGUGCCUGCUUCCUUUGAAUGAUGGAAGAUGAGACCUUCCCCAGAGCCUAAGCUUUGGAGACCAAGCACCAGCGCCUCCUUGGCCACCUGCUCCCAAGUGGCAUCGCCUCAGGAGAUGCCAGAGUCCUCUUCCAGCAGGGGUCCCUGCUCUUUGGAAGCUCCCAUCUCCUCCAGUCCCACCCCAGAAUGGAAAGGUACCUUCUCCAGCAAAGUGCGUCUUGCUCUUCUCAGGCACACAGUUCUGAUUUUACAGGUUAAUCGGCAUUGAGCAUCCAUCAGCUGGGACCCACGGUGAGAAGUCCACUGAACGGCUGCAGCCUUUUAAAGGCUACACAGCGAUUGUCUCUCCAGCGCGCUGGCAUUCGGGGGAGCG